GAAAUGACUAAAAGUUUGUGAUCUCUAAAAGGACAACCUUGUUUUAUGGACAUCAAUCGCAUUUAAGCCCUUUUUUCGUCGUCUAUGUUUAACCAUUGGGGUUCAUUAAAGUUGCCUUAAAUAUCAGGAGCCUUCAUUCUUAUCAACUUGAUCGGAUGUGUUCCACUUUCAUGACUGUGGACACCUUUAGUAUUGAGGGAAAAUAAAGGAUUCUAAAAUUAAAAAAUAAUUGUCUGGAAUUCAGUCUUCUUGUUUUUCACAACUGUAGCUACUGUUCGUCAUAACUUAUACCAUUCACAAUCUGAAGUGAGAAAGCGACCUAAUAUUCUAAUUUCUCUUCAAUUUAUUACCAAUGAUGCUUGCCAUUUCUAGAAAUAUUUUAGUCGCUGUUGUGUUUUGAGAAGUCAAGUGCGAAACGCAUUUUUUCCUUCGUUUUUUUGUGAUUGAAGUGGUGACUCUGAUAAAACAUAAAAGUUCACCUUUAAAUGAAAUGAAACUGUGAAUGAAAAUAUAUAUAAACAUAUAUUUUAGCUGAUACCAUGCAAGAACACAUCAUGGAAAAUACUUUCAGCUCUUUGACAAUGGAUACAAUAUCCUCAGGCGAUAGCAAUGAUAGCAGCUUCGCAUCACCAUCGACAUCGCCACCUACAUACGCCGAGCUCACACCCGCGGUCAAUUACGGUUACGACCACUGCAUUAUCAAUUACGAUCACGACAAAGUUGUCGACACCAUCACGUGCAAUAACGGCAACAUAGCAUACGACGGCGGUAUCGGUCAUUAUCAAUAUGAUGACGUUCCACUGAGCACCACGCACCUUCUCGACAUCCUAUCGACGGCGGACGUCGACGAUGACGGCGAUAUCAGAACUGACAACGGCGAGGAGAUCGACGAGGGCAGCGAACUGGCGGCAUAUCUCUUUCAGAACUCGGAAUGGGUAACGAAUAACCCGACUUUAAAUAAUCCAAAUAAUCACAACAAUCACCAGUAUUGUACGACAUUGAAUGACACACCACAAUUUCAGAGUUGUUGCCAGAAUGGUCCAUCAGGCUAUUCGUCGUUCAGUAACGGCUACUCUCAUUCGGACACCCAGACCUUGCCAAAUGUUCCGUAUUUCGGACAUAACGACAAUCAAUAUCCACAAGUUUCCACCGAAACGAACGGAACGUAUCCAAAUCAGGCUCAGUCAAACAGCGAGCACCAUCCACCUUUUCAAACACACAUACUGCCGAAAACCAGAGGAAAGACAACCACGAAACCUCGACGUCGCGUCGUCACCGUCGCUCAGCGGAAAGCCGCCAACGUCCGAGAAAGACGGCGGAUGUUUGGUCUUAACGACGCUUUUGAUAAGCUACGUAAAGAGGUGCCGAAGUUCAAACACGAGAAGCGACUGUCUCGAAUCGAGACGCUACGACUGGCUAUUCUCUACAUCGGGUUCCUCGACGACAUCGUCACAGGAAAGAGCGUCAACCAUGAAAGCGAAGUUGACAAUGUCAGUGGUUAAUUUGUGGUGAUUAAGAGGGGGGGGGGGGGUGGUAUCAAGAUACACUAUACAAAGUGUCAACUUUGUCUGCUGAAGCAAAAUGAAAAUUUCUUUACCGAUGAUAGAAAAAAACAACAGCGAGGUUUAACCUUAAAACUGUUUUGUGAAUCCAUCUUUCAUCAUGUAUAGGUAAGGAGAUCCAGGAAUUACCAAGGGGGAGGUGUGACCUUAAAACUGUGUGGGUGUGUGCCUUUUUUUGCUUCAAGUCCCUUGAAUAUGAAUUGAUGUCAUCGGUCCCCUGGAUUCUUACCUAUCGGUUCAAUGUAAUGUGAUUAUUGGUCUUUCUGUUAUUGUAUUCAGUAUUGUCAGGAAUCUGAUUGUAAUUUUUUACAUAGAUUACAUUUUUGCUCACUGCUUGUGUCUUUAAGAUAUAUGUUUCAGUAUUAAAUCAUGACAGAUAAAUUAUUAAAAGAAACUG